AUGCCAGUGGCGGAGCCACCGCCCGGCCAGCUAGGGCAGUUGCCCAGGCUCCGCCUAGCCACACUUCACCAUCCCGCGUCAUUCUCCGCCACACCAGAACAAGAAGCGGAACUUUUGUUUAGUGAGAUAAACCGAAGGGACGUGGCUUCAUGGAAUAUUUUGAUUUCGUUUUAUUCGUCAAAAGGGGACAUGAUGAGAGUUGGUUGUUUGUUCAAUGAAAUGCGGAGGCUAGAACUGUGCUUGUGGAAUAUCGAGACUUUGACAUUAGUUGUAUCGGCAUUUGCAAAGUCUGGUAGUCUCUUUGAGGGUGAAGGUGUGCAUUGCUUAGUGAUAAAAACGGGCUUUCUCGACGAUGUUUUGCUGACUUCUCUGCUUGAUUUCUAUUCUAAGUGUGGGAAAUUGGAAAUGUCAGUUCAAUUGUUUAAGGAAAUUCAUUUUAAAAGUAACAUCACUUGGGGUGCUAUGAUGUCAGGUUUCAUUCAAAAUGGUUAUAUUAUAGAUGCCAUUUUUCUAUUCCAACAAAUGCAAACUGAUGAUCUUGUUAUUAUUGCUCCUGAAAUUUGGAGAAAUCUACUUGAUGCAUAUGCAAAGCUAGGAGCUUUGAAAUUGGGAAAAGUGGUCCAUGGUUACCUUAUAAAACAACUUUUUGAUGAAUCUUUUCAAAGUAAUGCACACUUGGAUACCUCUAUCUUAAACAUGUACUUAAGAGGCGGAAGCAUCUCUUCAGCUAGAGUAGUUUUUGAUAGAAUUCUUGUCAAAGAUGUUGUACAUGGACUAAAAGCAGGGCCGGUCCUAACAUUUUAG